AUGAAGAAAAUAAAGGCUGAUAUUCUCAUACAUGCAUGGGUCGAUUAUGGUUUGGAUAGUAAAAAAGGAAAAGCGAGUUUCAAACAUCUCAAUAGUAUUCAUGAUACAUUUGCAUCACGUACAAGAAAUUAUGAUUUCAUUUUUGUUUUAUGCUGUUUUAUUGUCGACACAAUUCAAAUAAUAGAAAUAUUUGAAUGGAGAAAUUUGAAUGAUAAAGAAAAACAAGCAAUUUUUUUAUUUUAUAAAAAUGUUGGUGAAAGAAUGAGACUUGUAAAUUGUCCAAACUCGAUAGAAGAAGUCUACAGUAUUGUUCACAAAUAUACAGAAAGUGAACUUGAUUCAAAACUAACCGUAUCUAGAGAUGUGUUUACAGAUGCCAUAACAAAGCUUGUAGAAAAAUGGUAUUCACGAUUAAUACCGCCUCUGAUCACAAGGUCAUUAGUCAAUGCGAUUUUGUAUAUCGUUGGUGGUGAAACAUUUCAUCAGAAACUUGGUUUAAAAAAGCCAUCAGUAGUGCCUCUUUACACCGUUUAUUCACUGGCUGUUAUUCGAAAAUGUCUUAUGCAAUUUAUGCCACCACGAACAACGCCACAUUGUUUGUCAAAUAUAUUAAUGAAAAACAUUUAUCAUUGCCCAGCAACAAAUUCAUCUUUUUCAAGUGUGGGACCACCAGAAGUUAUUGCUCAUAUCGUCAAAGAUAAAAAAGGUGAAUAA